UCAGCAGGUCGCGGCUGUCAUGGCGGCGUGCAGGGCGCUCGUGAGUCGCGUUGUAUUACCUCUUCAUUAUCAUCAUGUGUCCAGAGUGAUGCUCACACACGUCAGGGAGAAAAAGAGAUGGAUGAAGGCUUACACACUCAUUAUGGAGAGGAAGAGAAAAAUGGAAGGACCUCCACCUCCAAAGCCGCGCUCCCAGCUGCCGAACUUUGAUUACCAUGCUGAAGUGGAGGCUUUCAGUGCCCGCCUGCAGGAGAGUUUCUCUCUGGAUCUUCUGAAGACUGCGUUUGUGAGCUCGUGUUACCUGCGAUCUGAGGAGGAGAGGAGGCGAGCAUUGGGCCUUGACUCGGAGAUGACCGCCCUCAACCUGAAAGACAACGGCGAGCUGACUGUGCACGGUCAACAGUUCACAAAGGGUUUCCUUGGUGAGUGGUGCAGGGGCAGCUUUCAUAGCUUGCCUGAGGAGGGUGUGGCAGCUGUUGUAGACCACCUGACAGGGUCAAAGGUCAUGUGUCAUGUCGCAAGGAAGCUUGCCGUGGAGGAUUUGACGAUGAGUGCAGAGUUUCCCGUUCCAGAUGACACCCUGCAAGGAACGUUCUUCGCUGUGAUUGGGGCUCUGGAGAAGAGCAGCGGGCCUGUGCAAGCUGGGCUUUUCAUUAGGGAUUUCCUGGUGACUCAGCUGAUUGGGAAAGAUCUGUUUGACAUGUGGAGAGUGGUUGAUCCCAUGGGGCUGCUGGUUAAAGAGCUGACCCGUAAAAGUUUAGCGCUACCCGAGCCUCGCCUCAUCCGGUCUGCUGGCGCCAGUACUGUCCUCCCUCUCUAUUUUGUUGGGCUUUACAGUGACCGUAAGCUGCUGGCUCAGGGUCCGGGUGAGACCGUCCUGGCAGCCGAAGAGGAGGCAGCGCGUGUGGCUCUGAGGAAACUCUAUGGCUUCACCGAGGACCGCAGACCAUGGGACUUCACUGCCCCCACCGGGCAGCUUCAGAAGCCCAGCAAACAGGCUCUCGCCAGUGGAUAAAUGAUGAACAGAUUCCAGUGGGACACUUUUUGAAGAACCAAACUGUUCACAUUCAUCAUCAUCUGCUUGAUCACAACUAUUAUGUAGGGUGAAACUUCUGCUGAAAUGUGGCCAUGGUGACACUGGAGGCCAACUUAUUAUGCCUGAGACGGAAAAUCUCGGUGUACCUCAGACUAAGACAAAACUGCCCAAUUAAUGAAAAAGAUCAUAUACAUCUAAAUUAAGAGCAUUAAUCUGUUCUGGAGGUGCACAUUCUUUAGAUCUUCUGUUGGUACAAAUAAAUUGAUGUAUAUAAAUGUUAAACUUUGGUUGCUAAAAAUAAAAGUUCUGAACAAAAUGUUGUUCUGUCUGUAUAGAAUGCAAAAAUAAUUUUUAGCCAUAACUUUUGUGUUGGCUCUAAGUUGAUAAGUGCUCUUCUGAGAGUUAAAAAGCCUUUAAAAUUAAGUUUGAAGGUUACAUUUACAUAGUAAACUGUAUUUAAUCUGCCAUUUUAUACAUCUCGCCAUAUAUCUAAUCCUAAUGAGCAAACCACAUGGGUGUAACCCUCUUCGUGUGCAUAAUGUUUAAAAUGCCAGCCAAACUUGAUAAAAUAAAAAAAAUACAAGAAACCAAUCUGUGACUUGGAAUGUAAAGUUGUUGCUUUUAAUAGAAGGUUAGCACAGGGAUUAUGGUUUAAUAAACUAAGUUUCAAUAGGUUUUCUUUCA